UUCAGCUGUGCGCACGUGCAACUAAAAUAAUAACAGCACGUUAUUUCUGAAAUUAAAAGGUAAAUUAAGUGAGCUCCAAAAACGAAACAGAAAUGAAGAGCAAAGUGGACAAACCCAUAACCAAUGGUGCACCCGCCAAGACAAAGACCAAGGAGGAGCGCAAACGGACGAAAUCCCUGAAAUCCGACGCGGACACCGAGAUACCGGCCAAGAUUUCCAAGGUGUCCAAGACCAAGAAGGAGAAGCCGAAGCCAUCGGAGACCGAGGAAAAGGAAAACACCGCGAGCAACGGCAACCUGAAGGUGUCGCAGAUCAACAAAGCCGUGUUUGUGGUCUUCAAGAAGUUGCAGGGCAGCCAGCUGACCAAGAAGAUGAUCAAUUCCCUCAUAACGCUGCUGCGCGACGACACAAAUGCGGAGCAGCGCACUGCGACCAUCUGCUACGUGCUCAAGCGCUUGAUUCGCUCCACAGGCGCAGAUGACAUGAAGGCGGUAGGCCUGGCCGCCAGUUAUAUACACUGCAUCCUAACCGCCGUGCCCGCCAUUGACGCAAUUGAGGUUCUGGACACGCUAAAGCGCGAUCUGGCCGUUGGCAGCCAGCAGAGGGGCAAGGAGGACUCACUAGCUGCCGUCGGUCAGUUGAUUACAGCCUUUUGCAUUCUGCAGACCCCGCAGUUCGCUAAGGCCGAGCCCAAGCUGGUUACGGCAGUCUUCCAGAUUCUAGCGGCGCAGCUAAAGGGCAGGGAGUACUUGGUGUCCAUGUGUGGCGAUAUCCUAGCGGACUCCUUCAAACAGCUGCCCGCUGCGAUCUUCGAGGAGUACGUGUGGCCACUUUUGCAGCCCGAGCUAAACAAACCGCUGAGUGGCUUGAAAGUCAAUACCUGCGAUGUUUUGCUGGCCGUGCACCUGACCUAUUCGUCCGUGCUGGGACGGGAGAACGUUCUGGCCAGCUUGUGGCCCAAGAAACCAGUGUACACGCAGCUCUUUGAUCUGUAUUUCGCCGGCUCCACCAUUCAUAGUGAUGGCGUAUACGCCAGAUUAGCUAUUUUUCUUGUAAAUGGUGGGAAGGAAAUGCUCGCCGCCUGGCAGCAGUACAUCGCUUCCAAGCAGCCACUGAAACUAAACGCAGCCAAGGCGUGUGCGAUCCAAGUACUGAGCCACAUACUCCUCAACUUCAAGCCAGCGGACGAAGAGCUCAUCCUGGAUAUUUUUACACCUACCUGCGUACAAUUUCUGCUGCAGGAAUGUUCAGCUGUAAAAUGGGACAAAGCUGAGGCCAAGAAGCCGUCCCAAAAGAAGCUGAGGGAGAUUUGCUUCAAGUUCGAGGCCUCCUUGGUGCUAUGUUUCGAAAAGCAGUUCCAAAACGAUGAUAGCAAGCUUCAGCUGCUGCUCAAACUGCUGGAUCACACACUGCAGUUGGACUCGGUGAUUUGCUUGCCGCGCUUCUGCCAGCAACUGAUAGGCCAAUUGAGCGUCGAGAGCCUCCAGAAGCUGUACGACUUCUACAACAAUAAGCUGUACUCGUUGGAGGACGAGGAUAGAGUCAGCCGAGUGCACUGCCUCAACCAGAUGCAGGUUAUACUGCACCAUCCAACGCUUAGCCAGGCAACCAAGUGGCGUCAGAAGCAGCUGAACUACUUGCUGCUCGCUGGCCUUUUCCACGUAGAUGCCAGUAAGAAGCCGUGCGAGGCCUCCAAAGCCAGCGCGUUCAGUCGCCAGUGCUCGGCGCGUUGUGAGGAAAUAUUCCUGGGUUCCCUGCUGCACAAGUGCUCGGGUCUGCCAGGACUUUGCCAGUUGCUGCAGAAGACACUGAGUUACCUUAACAAGGAGCUGGGACAACCGGAUGCAGAGAGCAAACUGCGUUCGCCGCGAGACGAAUCGCUGCAGAAAGCAUGGAAGCAGGUCGAGAAACUGCUGGCCAAGCCAAGCGAGGAAACGGAUGUCGUUGGCCAAACAUUCGAGGCUCUCAUCCUGUUUGUUUCGUUGGCUUUGUGCACGAAGAUUCCCCUAUCCGUCACCGUGCUGGACGAUCUGAUUAUCUGCCGCAAAAACGCACUGCAAAAGAGCAAGAAACAGGUCAACGAAGAGCUCCAAUGGCAGGAUGUGCUCACUGAUGCCCUGCUCCAGUUGCUCUUGCAAACAGGUCACUUCUGGCGGGAGUUUGUUCAUCUGGUGGCCACCGCACUGAUUCCCCACCUCGAGCAUGGUAACCUUGAACAGGUCCUCGAAGUGCUCAACAUGAACAGGAAUCCCCUGAGCAAGAAGGACGAGGGCGACGAGGAGGAGGAGAGCGACGAGGAAGUCGAGGAGGAAGAAUCGUCGAAAGAUUCGAGCGACGACUCAGACGGCGAUGAAGAUGAAGACGAAGAUGGAGAGGACGAGGACGAGGACGAUGAAGAGUCCCAUUUGGCCCAGAUUCGAGAGAGCGUUCGCCAGGCCUUGGUCAACGAUGGCGACGCAGACGACGAUGGCGCCAGCAGCGUGGACUGGAACGAUGUUGGCGAGGAGCAGGGUGAACGCCUGAAUGCUGCUCUGGAGCGAUCCUUUCAGUUGUUCCGACCCAAGUCGCGCAAAGCCCAGGAGAAGGAGCGUCCGACCAAAUCGGAGCGCAUUGACAACACUAACCUACUGCACUUUCGCAUUCGCGCGUUGGAUUUGUUGGAGCUGUUCAUAAGCAAGAAACCAACUCAGUCGGUAAUCCUGGACGCGCUGCAUUGCGUCUUCCAGGUGUACCGCCAUUGCAGCGGCGACAGCAAACUGCAAUCUCUGCGAGAAGCCAGCUUGAAGUUGCUCAAGAAGAUACUCGCCAAGAAUAUUGAACUCAUCGAGCAGCAGAGUAACGCACCCAUUCUGGAAGCCAUUGAGCAGCUGAUGUCGUCUGGCGAGGAGCAUUCAGAAGAGGACCAAGAGAACGGCAAGCAGCCCGCCAACCGACAGGCCAAAGGAGACAUCAUUGUUUGGCGAGAUAAGUGCUUUGCCUACCUGGUCAGCCAGGCAUCAGCAGAUGGCGAGCCCAAGAAUAGCACCGUGUGGCCUCUGCUGGUCGAAUUCCUGGAGCUGUGGGUAGCCAAGCGUCGCAGCCGCCUCUCCCUGGCGAGUUUCGAAGCCCUCUUUCAGUCUGGUCAAUGGCAGGGCGUUGCUCCGCUGGCCGUUGUCCUGGCCUCCCAUUUGGACGUGAAGAAAACACGCAGUUUUCGGCGAGCCCAGAUAUUGAAGCUUCUCAGUGGGCAGUGUCGCCGACUCGAGUCCGCUUUCAAGGACAACAGCUCGUCUGCCAAGGAGUUUGAGAAACAGAUAGCAAGAUAUGUGAAUCAACUGGAAACGGAGGCCAGUAGUUCCAAGGAGCUCAAUCUGCUGCUCAAGAUCCUCGCCCAAGGAGGCCAGAAGCGGCAGAAACUGCGCGAAAAGAUCCAACUCGUCGCUAAGAACCUUCAGCCCACCAAGAAGACGACGAAGCAGAAGGAGCAGGCAGCCGCCGAACCCAUAGAACCCAUGGAUGUGGAAGAUGAGGAGCAGGCCACAUAAAGGAAAGCAUGGAACCAGCCCAGUAAGGGCCUAACUAAACCUAAAAUAAGAUGUAUGAAUAUCCUGCUUAAUAUAAGGUAACUUAAGUUUUUUGUUCUUUAGUUGAUGUAAAAUGCUAAAUUAGUAUUGAAGUCGCUGAAUAAAUAGCAAAAGAUUUUAAAAGCAUAAA